AUGUCGGAAUUUUAUACCCAAGUUCAACUCAGCGACGGAGUCAAGCUCAAUGUCUGCCUUCUCGGAGCUGAGAACAAGUCGAAACCCUUGAUAAUCUCUCUUCAUGGCGGCCCGGGGCUCUCAUCACACACUGGCAUAAAAGAGGACUUCAAGUUUCUUGUAAACAGGUUCCGCGUUCUCGUGUAUGAUCUUCGAGGCAGUGGAGGCAGCGAGUUCAAGGGUCCUUUCACCGACGAGCAGUGGGUCUCGGAUCUUGAAGAACUCAGAGCUUGGGCGGGAGACGAAAAGUUCAUCCUUGCUGGAGGAUCAUACGGUGGCUUUCUUGCCCUCAACUACGCUCUCAACUACCCCAACCGUCUCCUGGCGUUAAUCUUGCGAAAUACCUGGGCAUGCGGACCUGAGGGGACACACCGCGCACUAGCAAACAUCCUCCUAUCCCAACGCAUCAGCCCAGACCCCGUGCGCCAAAUAAGGCUCUGGACCGGCAAUCUACGAAGCCAAGAAGACGCAGAACACAGCAUGGCCGAGAUCGUCAGCAUAUACACCCCCGAGAAUAAUCCGAAGCCAGCAUCAUUUGAAGGUGCGAGUACUGAACUUCGCUGGGAGGUUCACAACGCUGCGUUUUCGUGGUCACAGCCUCGGUUCGAUGUGAGGUCCAGGUUAAUUGAGAUCAACGUUCCUACUUUAGUGGUUGUUGGAAGACUUGAUAUUAUAUGUCCUGUUGAAGAGUCUGAGAGGAUCUGGAGCCUUAUUGAGGGUAGUGAGCUCAUUGUUUUUGAGAAGUCGGCUCAUAAUCCUGCUACUGAUGAGCCAGAGAAGUUUCGGGAGGUUCUCUCGGACUUCCUUGGAAGGCUUGAGUGUUAA